AAGCAAAGCAUAAGUGAUAGUUAGCAUAGCAUUGUGUGAGAUUCUCUUUAUCGAUCCAAUGGUUUGGAAAAGCAAAAGCCUCUCCUCCAUGUUACUACUGCUGCUACUAGUGUUGGUUGGUUUUGCAAACUCAGAUUUAAGCAAAGACAGAGAAGAGUGUGCAGACAAACUAAUUGGUCUAGCUAGUUGUGUUCCUUACGUGGGUGGGGAAGCCAAAACCCCCACCAUAGAUUGCUGCAGUGGCCUCAAAGUGGUCCUUGAUGAGAGCAAGAAAUGCAUCUGCAUCCUCAUCAAGGAUCGCAAUGACCCCAAUCUUGGCAUCAAGAUCAAUGCCACACUCGCUGUUCAUCUCCCAAGUGCUUGCCACGCACCUGCUAAUAUAUCUCAGUGCGUAGAUCUUUUGCAUUUGGCACCCAACUCUCCUGAUGCUAAGCUGUUUGAGGGGUUCGAAAAAUCAGCCAAAACAAACACUUCCUCCACCCCAGUUUCCAGUGGUGGUGCUACUGCUACUGCUGAGAAGGGAUCAAGUCAAAGUGCUGAGGAAAAGAGUGAUGCUGUGUCCAUAAAGAGGUGUCUGCUGCUUUGCUCUAUCUUACCAUUUCUCUUCCUCUUUGUUUGAUCCACCUUCAUGUGUCUAUUUCUCAUAGUUUUUUAAUGCUUUCCUACUUUUGUGAGCAAAACUAAAACAAAAUCUAUCUAUCUAUUACUAGUUUUUGGAAGUAAUUAUCAAUUCUUGUUGUUGGGUCUAGUCUUUUUCUUGUUAUACUUCAUACCUUUACCUGUACGUAUACCACUUUCUCUUCACUAGAGGAAAGGAAUUAAUGGUUGAUGCUCCUUUUUUAUUUUCCACCAUA